GCAAAAUUUGGCAUUUCGCCGGAAACAACUAAGAGACUACAGAGCAUCGGAGUUGAAAGCUUUUUUGAAGUUCAGGCAAAGACAUAUAAGCAUAUCAUAAACAAGGAGGACGUCAUCACUCUCGCAAGUUGGUUUUAUUGAAAUGAUUUUGACAUUUGUUAGAAACCGGUUCAGGGAAGACCCUUGCCUUCUCCAUACCUCUCGUUGAAAUUCUGCAAUCUGAAAAUGUGCCCGCUAUUCGUGGCAGGGCACCACGCGCUCUUAUUCUGGCGCCCACGCGCGAAUUGGCUAGUCAAAUUGCUACUGUCAUUGAUUCCAUAUCAUCCGACCAGUUGUCGGUCCUCGCAGUCUAUGGUGGAGUCCCUUAUCAGUCUCAAAGUAGGUUUAUUUUAUUUCAUAUUGAAGCGUAGCCCGUGCCCUAAAACAUGGCGUGGAUGUUAUUGUGGGUGCCCCCGGCCGUGUGAUUGACCUAUUAGAAAGCCAAAGGUUAAACCUCCAAUCUGUCCGUCUUAUUGUCUUGGACGAAGUGGAUAGAAUGCUCGAUAUGGGUUUCAGUGCUGACGUUGAAAAAAUACUAGCCGGCCUGUACGACGAAGAAAAGUCUUCUAAGCCCCAGACUUUGCUGUUUUCCGCAACCCUUCCGAACUGGGUUUCUCAGAUAGCACAAAAGUACGUUUCCAAGAACGCACAUCGCGUUACUCUAGUUAGCGAUAAGGAGGCCCGUACUGUGGAUACUGUUCAGGUAACCGUUGUGUUUCCUACAUUCCCUUAG